UGCGCAAGUGUGGGUGGAGCCGCUGACUGCAAGGGCGGCAAGAUGGCGGCGGCCGGGCUGAGGGCAAUGGUGGGCGUGAAGCGGGUCAUUGACUAUGCCGUUAAGGUACGGGUAAAACCAGACAAAUCGGGAGUGGUGACUGAUGGGGUCAAGCACUCAAUGAACCCCUUCUGUGAGAUCGCUAUAGAGGAGGCUGUCCGGCUCAAGGAGAAAAAGCUUGUCUCGGAGAUCAUUGCUGUAAGCUGUGGCCCACAGCAGUGCCAGGAGACGAUCCGCACAGCCCUUGCGAUGGGAGCUGACCGGGGGGUCCACGUGGAGAUUCCUGCAAAGGACUACGAGAGCCUCACCCCCUUCCAGGUUUCCAAGAUGCUGGCAGCGCUUGCCAAGAAAGAAAAUGUCAAUCUUCUGCUACUAGGGAAGCAGGCCAUUGAUGAUGACUGUAACCAGACAGGGCAGAUGACAGCUGCAUUUCUUGACUGGCCUCAGGGAACCUUUGCCUCAGAAGUCACCCUGGACGGGGACUGGCUGAAGGUUGAGCGGGAAGUCGACGGGGGUCUCGAGACCGUGCGCCUGAAGCUGCCUGCUGUGGUGACGGCUGAUUUACGACUGAAUGAGCCUCGCUACGCAACUCUGCCCAACAUCAUGAAAGCCAAAAAGAAGAAAAUGGAGAUGGUGAAGCCAUCUGACCUUGGUGUGGACCUCACGCCUCGCGUGAAGACUCUGAGCGUGGAAGAUCCUCCUCAGCGCAAGGCCGGAGUCAAAGUGGAAACGGUGGAAGAUCUAGUUGCUAAGUUGAAGGAAAUCGGGCGGAUCUGAGCUCUUUUGGUAAUUUUGUGGUCAUGAAGUGAAUUAAUGGUUCACUAUGGAGGCAGUUUUGCCAGAAACCGGAAGUAAAUGUUGGUUUUCAGCAAAGCCAUCAUAAAUGUGAUCACCUGAAUGCAGGAUAUCGAAAUGGCCAUAAAUGCAAAUAACCAUAAUUUUUUGCAGAUGUAAGAAUUUGACUCUUAAGGCAAAUUUUGAUCUAUAGGAUGACAAAUUUGGUUUGCUUUUAAGUCAUCUUCUUCCAUUUAUAGUGAGAUGAAUUUGUAAAAUCCAGGAUUUUGGCCGGGCUGGGAAAUGUAGAUGACUCCCACCCCAGGUAUGUACCAAAAAAGGACCCCUUAUUUUCUUCCUCCUCAUAAGGAGAAAUCUUGCAGCAGUCUCCUCUUUCUUCAUGGGAAAAAAAAAUAUUAGUGAAGGAAGAAGAACUGUGAAGAAUUAAGGUAGUGGCUGUUUGGGGCGGACUGCUAUCAAUAUUCAAUUAAUUGUGUCCCCAUAAUUUAAAAGAAUCUAACACAUUGAAUAGAUUAAUGGCUCAGUUGAGAGAACGGCCCUUGUAUUCUCGCUUCUACUGAUGAAUAUGGGGGUUUCACACAUGGUAACAGCUCCCUGGAGGAAAGAGAGUUCUCACUGGAAUCCCGACUUUAUUCUCCCUGACAUUGUGUAGCUCACUUGUCUUUCCUAUUCCUGCCUUUUUGCCUGAUAUUUGCCAUCAGGUUUCAGAGUCUUCUGAAGGCCUGAAUUUAUUUUUCCGGAAAAAAAUAAAAGGAAAUAGAUGCAAAUCUGUUUUGAUUUAUUGAACCCCCUGAGCACUAAAAUCAGAUUUUCUUGGCUCCACAGAGAACCACGAACUCAUUGAGGUUUGUAGCGACUUUAAAAAAAAACACAGCUAAAAUCUGCUCUGUUUAAACUGGAAGGGAACAUACAGCAAUAUGUAAAGCAUGUUUUCAGCUCUCCAAAACAUGUUACAUCUGUCGUCAUGUGCAGAAGGCAGAUAGGCCAGAACGUAGUUUAGCUUAUUUGUUUAUUACAGGUCUUCCUGAUCUCAAGAUACACAUUUUAUAUUCCCCAGACCACAACUCUGGGAUGUCGUUUGGGCUGCGGAGGAAUGAUUUCCCCAAAAUUUGUCUCAGUUUUGGGUCUCAAUCCAAAUCCAGCAUUUUUGUUACGGCGGCUCAUUCCAGUUUGCUUUCUCUCAAGUCCAGACGAACUGGGUUUGAUUUGAUUUGUCUGUUUGAUCCAUUCGGUUCAAAAAGUGUCAAGUUGUGUCAAUUCACUUUUCCAGAUUAGAUUUUGGCUGGGAGUGGGGCACUUUUUAUGCAGAUAUAAAAGCUUUCUGCAUUGCCUCACCCAAUUUGAAGCGCAUUCAAUUUGACAAUUAAAUUAGAAGGCCAGUUCAGUUUUGAAUCCCCUUCAAACCGAGCCUCCAGAUUAAGGCUCCACGCAGGCCUGCAUCGCCUAAGAUGUUAUGCAUGAGGUUUCCAAGGGCCCAGAGGGAGAAGCAAGGGCCAUUGACUGAUGAGUCGUCUCUUGGAUUCCUUUUUACCGCCGGGCCUUCAUCUCAUUAAAAAUGGAAAUAAAGAGAGCAAGAGCUGUGUGGCUGGAGAAGACAAAGCACCCAUCAAAGCAAGCCUUGUCUCCAGCUGUGGCCGGCCAGAUGACCCUUGGUAACACUCAAAUCAUAGCAGCCUUCAGUUCUGUUCCGUGCAUGCUGGUUUUGGAGCUGCCCUGCUCCAUUACAUCCUGAGAGUUCCCACUCCAUGUCCAAGAUCCUACCCUGAGCUAGGCCUCCUUUUCGUGAUAUUUUACCGCACUGGCAUUUUAGCCAGCAAAGUAAAAUGGUCAGCAGUAUUUUAAGUGUUUAGGUUUUUGUUAUUGAUUAGAUGAAGGCAUUUCUUUUGAAAAUAUUGCCGGUGAAUGAAUAUAUCCCUCCAACUCUGAUGGAUGAUAUUUUGUAGUAUCAACAAAAAAACCCUUCAGUCAUUUAUAAUCGUCUUAAGCAGGAUAUGUCCCAUCCAUUGAGGCCUCCUCUCUCAGAUCUGUCAUCAUGGAGCCUAUUGUUUUGGGAGUUCCUUCGGGCUCCUUCCCCUUCCAGGGGAUUUUUCACAGCACUUGACAAGACAUGAAAACAUUUCUCCUAAUGUACCUGAAGCAUAAAUUUAUAUAAAGGUU